CGCAUUUUGCUCAGUUUGCCGAUAAAGACGCAGCCACAUGGACAUGCACAGGCUGAUCUACGAGGUGAAGCAGCGCCCCGCUCUCUGGGACUCGACGCACCCGGACCACGCCAACCGCCCGGAGACUCAGCGCCUCUGGAACUUGGUGGCGGAGAACGUGGGGCUCGGCGUGGAUGUGUGUCGCGGCAAAUGGAAAAAUCUGCGAUGCAGUUAUCGCCGCAAGAACCGGCGAAGUGGCGUCUUGAAGCUCCAGGCGGCGCCCUCGCCGGGUCACCAGUGGUCAUAUGCAGAGGCCAUGGCCUUCCUGGACGGGCAGCGGUUAUCAAAGGACGACAGGGACAGCAGCAAUAACGAGGAGGAGGAGGCGGAGGGGGCCAUGAAGACGGAACCCGAGACCAUAAUAUCGACCUUUAAGAGCGAGCAAACCUCGGUUGCCGACGAAAUGGAGGCGGACAACGAUGCCCUGAUGCGGGAGUUCCAGGAUGUGUCCACCCCGCAGGCCCUGCGGCGGCUCUCCGAGAGCAUUUCCCUGGCCAGUGCGGCGGCGGAGGAGCAGCUGCCCCUGCCCCAGCCCCCCACUGCCUCCAGACUUGGCCCCGGACUGACCAUAAAUCCGCAUUUGCACCAGGGAAGUGCCAUGGCGGCCGCGGCGGCCAGCAGUUGCCACUGCGCCAAGCGGGUGGACGAGCAGGUCAACUUCCUCGAGAGCCUGGAACGCGAGGAGCAGCAGCUGAUGCAGUCCACCAGCCAGGACUUGGCCAGGUGCAAGAGUGUCAUCCAUGUGGGCGACUCUGAUUAUAACUAUCUCGUCAGCUUUGUGCCGCUGAUGAAGCAAAUGACGCCCAUCCAGAAUGUAUUCUUUAGGGCCAAAAUGGGGGAGCUUCUGCUGCAGACAAUGCAACAGCCGCCGGUGCAGCAGCAACCGAUGCAACAGCAGCAGCAGCCACAGCCAAUGCAAUUGCAACAGCAACAGCAGCAGCAACAGCAGCAACUGCAGCUGCAGCCCUCGCAAAUGUUGUUGAACCAACAGCAAAUGGCCUUGGAUCAGGCGCAAGUGAGCACCAGCUCCACAAAUUGGAACUGAAUCGGGGAUUGGAACUGAACAAAUGAGAUAUAUGUACGUGUAAGCCCUAUAAUGUAUACGAACUGACGAAGAGAGCCCCACUGUGCGCAUGUCCAGUGCACAGUGGGCGGCUUUCGGAGAGAUUAUUUUAUAAUUAAACAUUGCAUACGAAUAAAUAAAGCGUACUCAAAUGAUUUUAUAAAAAGACAAUA